UAGUAUAGUAUAAUAUAAUUAAUAUAAUAUAAUAAUAGGGUACUAAUGUAAUGUAAUAGAAUGUAAUUAUAAUAACCUUCAAAAGGCAGGAGGGCCCAAUGAUAAAAGAUCCCAAGAUCAAGACUGGGGAAAACUGGCUUCAAGAAGAUCCGCUUUCGUCAGAGAAGCGGGACCCGGCGGCCCUGGCACCAUGGAGAAUUCCUCGGAUGGCGAAGGCAGGAAUCUCUGGAGUGAGGCUGACCUCGAAGGGGAGGAGAAGACUUGUGCCGUGUGCGGAGACCGAGCCAGCGGCUACCACUUCCACGUCAUGACCUGUGAAGGCUGCAAAGGGUUCUUCCGUGAUCAUGUCGGAAGACGCCCUCUACGCCCGCCGAGCGCUGCGUAAGCGGAAGAUGCAGAAAUGCCCCCCAAUUCUCCUAGCCGACCCCCCGGAGGAUCCUGGCUUGUCUCCUGAGCAGGAACACCUGAUCGAGAUGCUCACGGAAGCUCACAAGAAACACUUCGAUUCCACUUUCUCCCAGUUCAUCAACUACCAACCGCCAGUCCGUCUCGGUCUCCACAAUCCGGACAUCCGAGGUUCUCAGGAGGCUUCCUUCUCUUCUCUGUAUCUCCUGUCCGCCCACGAGGACAAUCCGGAGGAGGUCCUACCUGACGUCUUCUCCCUCCUGCCCCUGUUUGCCGACCUCAGCACCUUCAUGAUCCAACAAGUCAUCCAGUUCGCCAAGGCCAUCCCAGCUUUCAGGUUUCUCUAUGCCAAACUUCUCCUGCUGUUAACCGAGCUUCGGACACUCAAAGUGGAAAACACCCGUCAGAUCCUCCAUAUCGACGACCGUCAAAACCUCUCUUCCUUGACCCCCCUGCUCUCCGAAAUUAUCAGCUAAAAGGGGGAAACCUCUGCUUUGCAAAUAGAUACAGGCUUCCCCCCGCCCCGACUUACCACACUUGGUUUAGUGACCAUUCCGAGUCACUAAACCGGAAAAGUCUCACACUUACGGCCGUGACAGCACCCUCAAAUGCUCGCAUUUAUGAUGGUUGCAGUGUCCCGGAUUCGGGGGAAAUCCCCUUUUGGGACCUUCUGACCAGCAGUGCCAAGCGGGGUGGGGUGGGAAGCCAGGUUCACUUAACGACCGUGUUCCGUGUUAUAAGCCACAGCGGCAGUAAUUUACUUAAGUAAAUAAUUAGCGUCCAUACGGAAAACGCAGCGUAAAAUGAGGCAGAUGUCACUUUUUAAAGGACCGUCUCAUUUAGCAACGGAAAAUUUGCCCUCAAGGUGGUUGUAAUUAGAGGACUAUCAAUACGGUAAAAAAAAAAAAAGACACACCCGCAUCUGUGCUCAGUUCUAGUUAGCGGCUUCCUUUUUCCCCGCUGUGAUCCAAAUUCAGAGACGCUCGACAACCGACUCGCAUUUACGACGGUCGCAGUAUCCGGGGAGGAGGGAUGUGCGGCCCUCACGUGAUCCACUUUUGCGACCUUCUGCCGAGCCAAGUCCCCUUCACAACCGUGUUCCUAACGGGAUAGUGAUUCGCUUAACGACGGUGGCCAGAAAGGCCGCACUAGGGGGUGAAAUUCACAUAAACGAUGUCUCGCUUAGCAACGUACAUUUUUUGGGGGGCUCCAUUGUGGUCGUGAGUCGAGGACUGAACUCCAGCGGGGAGAGGAUUCUCUUGGAAAUUUGCUAUUUUGCUUAUUGGUACAACGCCACGAGGAAAAGGACUCUUCCCCUCUCUGCUCUUCCAGCAGCACUUUAAUGGUAGCAAUUAAAUUAAAUUAAAACGUGGUUUAUUUUUCCAGA